CUCUUGGCUCGAAAACCUAAAUCAGGUCAAGACAGACUGAACCACGAGAAAGAGGACACAGCUCCCAGAUGUGAAACUAUUUUAAAACCAAUAUAAGGCAACUCAGAUCUGAGAAAACACGAACAAUCCCCCUGAGAAAAUGACAGUUUAGUUCCACAAGCAAGCUAAGAACAAUGGGAAAGCCUCGACUCUUCUUCAUUAUUUUCCUAAUUUGUUUUUCAGCAGAAGCAGCAACGCCAAGGCCUGGCUUUCUCUACACAAGAACCAGAGGAAGAUGCACUCCCCAGUACUGGAGCAGUAGGAGAGAGGCGUGGCCGAGGAUGGUUCCGCAGACAUCAACGUUGUCGAAGGUAUUUGGAUCACGAGCAUUUGAACGGUACAGAUCUGAUCUAACCCUCUUGGAAGCGACGACUAGGAACGAUGAUGAAAAUGCGUUUGGUAGGUUGGUGAAGGAGGCGACUGCAGCGUUGCUAAACUCGUAUGCAAGACACGAGUUUCCAUAUUCGGGUUGGGAAGUGAAGACAUUGGUUAUUCAAGCUUUGGUUUCUGAAGAAGCUGCAACUCAAAUGGCUCACAAGUUUUCAAUUGCCAAUCAGGCUUGUAAUUAAUUAAUUAAUUAAUUAAUUAGUGGCCUUCAACAAUGUAAACUAUAUUUCAUACUCUCUGGAUUUAGUCAAUGAAAAUUCUUGAGUUGCCUUUUCUCUUGAA